AGAGAAAUGUCACAACGCCCUGCCAAUGGCAAAAUUCCUCACUUGGAAAACAGGCAACAGGAACGAUGAUGUCGCCGCCCUUUCUCAUCAGAAGCCCUUCGUUAUCUUUUUUGAUUGGUGGGGGUUGUGACAUCCAAACAGUUCGCAUGGAAAUUGUGGUCAAUGAUAGCACAGUAAUAUCGAGGACUGGUAAUUGUCUAACACAGCUCAAAAGAACCAAGGUGGAUCUUAAACAAUUUGUUGGGAGCAUUGCAAGGGUGAAACUGGUAGAUAGAGGUACCGAAAACUGGGGUUAUAUCGCUUUUGAUGACCUAAGACACGGAACAACUUGUAAAGCUCUAAGUCCUUGCAGCGAGGAACAAAAACCUCUUUGCCAAACACAAGAAAUACAUGAAAAUACAGAUUACACUUGUACCUGUAACCAGCCGUUACCAAACCUUCCAACGUGUCAAAACAACGACAACGACAACAACAACUGCAACAUUACCCACGGCACUUGCAGCUUUUAUUGCAAUAACACCCAAAGCAAUUGCCAAUGUCGCCAAUGCACUUGUGUCGGGGGUUACACGUUCAAUAAAAGCAAUCAAUCAUGCCAUGACAUUGAUGAAUGUCAACUUGGAACACAUGAUUGUCAACACACGUGUAUCAACACAGAUGGAGGUUACCAAUGCUCGUGUUUGAGCGGUUACCAACUCAACGGGGACGGAAAAUCAUGCAGGGACAACAACGAAUGCAGCGCUAACAACGGUGGGUGCGACCAUGUGUGUGUGAACAAGAUAGGUAGCUUUUAUUGCGUGUGCAACCAGGGCUGGUCUGCAAACAAAUUUAAAUGCGUGGAUAUUGACGAGUGUCAGGGUCACAAUUUAUGUGAGCAUAUAUGCGUGAACACUCCAGGAAGCUUUCGUUGUGACUGUCGUUCAGGUUACACUCGCUCUUCCGACGGAAAUAACUGUCACGAUAUUGAUGAGUGCUCAAUAAGCAACGGUGGCUGCCAGGUCUAUUGCGCAAACUCACCUGGAAGUUUUAAAUGUUCGUGUGAACACGGUUUUCAAAUAGCGAACAAUGGAAAGACGUGCGUGGAUGUAGACGAAUGUAGCAGCGGACGCUCGGGAUGUCAGCAAAUGUGUGUUAACACCCCUGGUAGUUUUAACUGCUCGUGUUUACGAGGCUAUGAGCUACAAGCAGAUCAAAGAUCUUGUAAGGACAUUAAUGAGUGUCAGCUGAACGAGCACGGCUGCCAACAGCUGUGUAACAAUUAUCAAGGGGGGUAUAACUGUUCGUGCCUCCUCGGUUACCAACCUGAUGGCAAAAAUUGCUCGGAUAUCGACGAAUGUUUGCAAGACAACGGAGAAUGUUCUCAGGUAUGUGUUAAUACCCCCGGGAGUUACGACUGUCUUUGCAGGAAAGGCUACCAACGGACUUUAGACGAACAUUAUUGCAAUAAAAGCCUCGGUUGUAGCACGAACGGCUCAUGUACUGAAUGUUCUGAGACGAAUUGUGAAGACAUAGACGAGUGCGAAAACAUUACCAUUUGCGAGCACAAGUGCCAUAAUACAGAUGGAAGUUACUGCUGCUCUUGCCGUGAUGGUUACAGGCUCGCAAGCGAUUUGAGGGUUUGUGAAGAUGUGGACGAAUGUCUGCAGAGUUCCAGUAUGGAUUGCGUUAGUUGCACAAAUACGCUUGGAGGCUUUCACUGUUCCUGUGCGACUGGGUAUUCGUUUAACAAAGAAAUUAAAAAGUGUGAAGAGAGAAAGCCGUUAAGUACGACACUUGCUGAGGGAAAGGAAAAAAUAGCGCAAGCUGCAGACGUCGCCACUGUUAUUGCAGUAACAAAUCACAUGGCAGAGGAAGUGAACGGUUUAAAGAAAAUGAGCAGUGAAGAACUGACGGAAACGGUUGAUGUACUGGAUAAUGUCAAAAAUAAGAUGAAGAAUCUGAACACCAGUACACAUGAGGCCGAGAAGCUGAUGGAGGGAGUUAGCACGAUGGUUAGUUCAAUGAUGAACAAUGACAACAAAUUGUCAUGGCAACAACUCAACGAAAAUAAGGGAACCUUACCAACCACAGUCAUUUCAAACGUUGUAGAGAACGUGGUACCUGCAAUUAUAAAAUCAGUUGAUGAGAAAGGAAAACAUGGCCUGGACGUGCUUAUAUCAACAGAAAAUUUAGAACUACAAGUGAAUGCAACGAGAAGACAAACCUUUAGCGGUGCAACAAUUUUCCCAAAUUCACCGCACAGCGUCAAAAUACCAAGUGACAUUGUGAAAGAUAAAAACGACAAUGAUUCUGUCGGGAUCUCUGUCGCCCUUCUGAAAGGAAUGGCAAACGUUUUACCCAACGUUUCAAGAAAUGGAAGGUCAGAUGGCAUCGACCUAAACUCUAUUAUUGUUAUUGUCAUGGCAACAAAUGUGAAUCCAGAUCAUCUCGCCAAUCUAAAGGAACCGGUCGUAUUACGCUUUGAGCAUUUAAAGAAGGAAUAUCAUAAGCAGAAAUGCAGUUUUCUGGACGAGACAGCUAUAGCUCGUUUCCCUAGAGAUCCUUCAAAGCACUGGUCCAGUGUUGGAUGCUACAGGAAUUAUUCCACAGAGGAGUUUACCAUCUGCCACUGUUAUCAUCUCACUAGCUAUGGUCUCAUCAUGGACGUGCACGGAAUUUAUGAUGAACUGAGCGAGGCUAACAAGGAGACACUGAUGUACAUCUCGCUGGUCGGCUGCUGCGUCUCCAUUUUCUUUUGUAUUUUGUCAAUAUUCGGAUUCUCACUGGCAAUGAGGAAACCACGUGAAACCAAAGCAAGGCGUGAGACAUAUCGACUUCAUAUAAAUCUUGUCCUGGCAAUCUGUCUGUCACAAAUCUGUUUUGUCCUUGGCACCAUAAUUAUUUCGUUGGAUGUGCUUGCCUGUCGAAUAGUUUCCAUAGCAACCCACUACUUCCUCAGUGCCUCGUUUUGCUGGAUGUUGGCCGAGGGAAUCCAUAUUUACAACAAGAUUGUACGUGUUUUUAGCAACAAAAAGUACAACAAAGUAUUCUACGUCCUGGGUUGGGGUGCACCGAUUCUUCUUGUAUCAGCCUCUGCAGGACUAUCCUUCUAUGAAUACGGACCGCACAACAUCUGUUGGUUGUCUGGGAAACUAAUUUGGGUUUUUGCUGCACCGGUACUGGCUGUUAUUGCGAUUAACUGUUUCAUCCUGGUCAGCGUUAUCUACGUUUUGUUGAGGAAGACUAUGGUAAAAGCUGGAGAAGAAAACUCCGCUAGGAAAUCAAGCAUAAGGCGCAGUGUUAAGGUGACAGUGGUGUUGCUUCCUCUACUUGGCCUCACUUGGGUGUUUGGUUUCAUGGCGGUUGAUAAGAACACGAUCAUCUUCCAUUACAUCUUCGCCAUCGCCAACUCUUUACAGGGAGUUUUCAUUUUCUUUGCGCACUGCUGGAUUAACGAAACGGUACGCGAAACUCUCAUUCAGAAAAUGCCAAGUUUCAGCUCAAGAGGGAAGUAUCAUUUAAAGGGAAAAGCUGGUGACACUCGAUUCAACAGUGUAUCACUUGAAACUGCCACGCCAACGACGACCUCUGUCCGACUCGUGACGACAAACUCCCGACAAUUCAAGGAGCCACCUUCGUUAAAACUUGUGAACCUGGAGCAGGAGCUAGCGUCGGCUCAGCAGAUGGAAAUCGAAAACAACUCGGUGAGCCUCACGAACCUGGCGAAGUUACCGCCGAGGUAUGCCGACAUGCUCGUCGACGCUCCAGCCUCGAAGCUUUUUAGUGUAAGCAAGUCUCCGAUGAAAACUACAUCUUCGGUGAAUCUCGUGUCUCCUAAUGAGUACCCGAUUACAGCGAAAGAAGCUUACUACAACCCAACGUACGCAUAUUGGAAUGGUCGGAACGAUUCUCAUUAAACUGUGCUCGAUCAUAAAAAGGCUAUGUAAAUAAUAUUGAGUUUAGUUAUAAAUUGUUCUGUUUCCUUAGAAACAUCGUACUUAUGGAGGAAUUAUUUAAACAAAAUAGUUGUUCAAUAACAGAUUACCUGAGGAUAAAAAAAACUGUAAAAAAUGACGAUUGCUGCUGCGUAAAUUUGAUCGAUGAUUGAGCAAAUCGAUGACAACUCGGUGAGCCUCACGAACCUGGCGAAGUUACCGCCGAGGUAUACCGACAUGCUCGUCGAUGCUCCAGCCUCGAAGCUUUUUAGUGUAAGCAAGUCUCCGAUGAAAAUUACAUCUUCGGUGGACCUCGUGUCUCCUAACGAGUAUCCGAUUACACCGAAAGAAGCUUACUACAACCCAACCUACGCGUAUUGGAAUGGUCGGAACGAUUCUGAUUAACAUGCACUCAUCGAUCAUAAAGAGGCUAUGUAAAUAAUAUUGAAUUAAGUUCUAAAUUGUUCGGUUUUCUUAGAAACGUCGUACUUAUUGAGGAAUUAUUUAAACCAGAUAGUUGUUCAAUAAAAGAUUACCUAAGGAUAAAAAAACUGUAAAAAAAAGACGAUUGCUGCUGAAUAAAUUUGAUCAAUGGUUGAGUAAUAAACAUCAUCAACAAGA